GCCCCCGACGACCUUGACCACUCGAUACCCGCUCGCCAAGCAGAAGCGCCCGCUAUGCAGCCUCAGACGGACCCCGGGCUGCCCUCGUACAGCGACGUCCAGGCGGCGUACCGCCAGCGGAGCGAGCUCAAGCAGAACUUUGUCACGCUCACAAACGACCAGCUGGACAUCCAGGAGCUCUUCCGCUCCGUCUCCGCCCAGCUGGAGAGCACACCCGAGAUCGGCGAGCGGCACCCGCUGUGCGAUGAAUGGAACGAGCUGCGGCAGAGACAUCGGCGCGUCUAUCGCGACUCGCAGCAGAACGCGGGCCUGUGCGCGCACUUCCUCAAGAACUUUGCCGAGAUCCUGGUGCCGCUGUCCCAGUCGGCCGAGGUCUCCAUGGGCCAGAAGCGACAGAUGAUUGGCAAAUUUCUCGAGACUAUUCCCGUGCACCUGCACGCGGCGAAGGAGAACGCGGAGCGCUUUGGCGAGCUGAGCAAGGAGGUCGAGGUGUUCCCGCGCAAGGUUGCGAGCACGCUGCGAAUAAAGGCCGAGCCGGAGGGCUUCUUCGAGAGCGUCUGGACGGGACUCGAGGAACUGUGCAUGUCGAUCUGGAACACCCUGAAUCGGCUCCUGACAAAGAUAGUCAACACAUUCAAGGUUAUGCUCUCCCGCCUCGAGAAGCUGCGCUUCUCCUGCUUCGGCAUCUCGCUUGACGUACACUUUAGCAGAUACCAGUCGCUCGAGUCCGAGGGCGACAUGCACGAGAUGUCGCCGAGGCAGGUCCUCGGGACGAUCGAGGACGACGCGAAGGAGAUCGUGCUGAAGCUCACCGCGUUCGAGAGUGCCUGGCAUGUGGUGCGACUGGCGUGCUCACGGCUCAAUUCAGACCUCGCGCUUGCAAAGAGCUUCACCUCUUGUGUGCCGCCCAUACCGCAGGCAUGCGACAGCAACCUGCGCGCGGCUGCGUUGGUUCACGCCCCGCUCGUCGAGUGCCUCAAUGCCUACUCGAUGGGCAAAUCGCCCGACUUCUACUGAAGCCUUACUUUCACGACGACCACCCGCGGCAGGUUUACGACCAGCGUUUCCUGCCCGGCUUGUACUUCACGUUCUUGACGACACACACAUGCCUCACUUGUAUCCCGUAGCUUUUCUGCAGUGUACCGCACGCAACCGGAUUGUAGGAGGUUUUGUACUCUUGUUAGACGCCUCGUGUCGAGGCUGGAUAUGUAUUGGUGCCCGGAGAUGGUAUAUCCGAACCUUGUUAUGCAA